CGCAAAAAGCCUGAGCCGCCGAAAAACGCGUAUUUAUUUAUCGAUAUCUCUCCGCCAUAUCAUAUUAAAUAAUACAACACCACGCACAUCUCUUCCACAUUAUCCCCUACCGCCUUCAACGACGACAGAGAGAAAAUAAAAUAUCCGUCAAACGCUAUUGUAACCGAAUCAAUUAAAUCACAAUAUCUCUUACACCGGCAAGAUUGCACAGUGAUUCGCGUAUCCCCGCUCCUCCGACCUCCCCCUAUCUACACACGCGUGAAUUAAAGAGAGUCGGAAAAUAUUACAACCUCCCCCUCCCUCUCUCCCUCCCGAAAUAAUCGAGUCCACGGCCAAAACAAAAACCUUCACACUCAGCUAUAUCUCCCAAGUCGUAUAUAUUUAUACAGUAAUAUAUAUAUUUGCCCACGUCCUACACACCCUCCCAAAUGCCGCCGCGGAAAUCCUCGUCUUCCGCCGCAGAGGCCAGCAGUCAUGAUGAAGAACAGAACGCGGUAGCGGAGGGCUCGAAAACAACCGGGAGUGGUGCGGACCCUAUUGAAACCGGUGUAAAUGUUGAGGACUACCUCCUCCCGCGAGCUCUCACACAACGAUUGGCAAAGAGUGCUUUGCCUCCGAAUACCUCAAUACAGAAAGAUGCGUUGCUAGCAAUAUCCAAGGCCGCCACGGUAUUCGUCUCGUAUCUCUCAUCACACGCAAAUGAAGAAACCGAAAAGAAAACCAUAACCCCACAAGACGUCUUCGCCGCCCUUUCCCAGAUAGAAUUCGAAGCUUUCCUCCCGCGCCUCGAGCGCGAAUUAGCCGUGUAUACUGAAGCCGCAGCGCAGAAGCGGAGGGUGAAAAAGGAUCGCAAAUCUGCCGCCACCGUUGCGACGACAGGGGUAGGAGCUGGCGUUGGUGCGGCGGGGGUCGUUUCUGCUGCGGAUGAAAGUGAAGAUGAUGAUGAGGGUGGGAGGGGAGAACCAGGUGCUAAGCGGCUGAAGCGAGAUGGCGAGGGUAGCACGGAGAUGGCGAUUGGGAGGUCGAGGCCUGGCGUUGGUAGCGGGAAGGGGGUGGAGGGGGAGGGGAGGGGUGGAGGGGAUAUUGCUGGUGAUGGUGAUGGUGGUGAUGAUGAGACGGAGGAAAUGGAGGAGGAGGAUGUGUUGGAUGAUGACGAGGAGGAGGAGGAGGAAGGAGAAGAGGAGGAGGAGGAGGAGGAGGAGGAAGAGGAGACGCAGCACAGUGGGCGGGAUGGGGAUGAGAUUGAUAUCGAUGCUGAUGCGAGUGAUACGGCUAGGAGGAGGAGGGGAGGGAUGCAUCCGGACCUAGAUUCGGGGAGUGAUAGUGAUAGUGAUGGGCUGUGAUUUGGGUAUUUAUGGGUUCUAAGGUAUUUAAGGUAUUGGGUUAGAUGUACUUGGCCAGCCUUUUUUUCUCAUGUUUGUUUGCCUUUGGUUCUUUGUUAUCGCGUUAGUUUUCCUUUUUGCUCCCCGUGUUAAGCUUUACUAUCACUACCAUUAUUUGUAGUUGUUGACUUAGUUGCGAGGAUAAUGGCUGUGUGUGAUGCGGGUUAAAUCAACCACGGUGGUCCUAUCACUUCAGAUACAUAUUUCUCUCUUGGUAUUAUUAUUACCCUAUCAUUAUCACUAUUUCUAUUAUGGAUCAAAUAUGCCAUCCCACCCAUAGUAUCUCGUUCCGGAGUAUCAG